GAGCUCCGGUAUGACCCAAUAGAAGAGCAUCCCACAGCCGAAGCUCAUUGUACCUAGGGCAGCAGGAGAGUAGCUGGGAAUAUAUCCUUCCUCUCCUCCUCACGCUGCAUACUAGUGUCCCAUGCUAACAAGACCCCUAUCCCUGCUGCUACUGCCUGGGAACUGGGCAGCCUCCUGCACCUGUUCUGCCAGCCAGGUGCUCUGGCAUGCAUUGCCCUGUAGUGUAAGCAGCAUCUAAGUGUGCAGCGUGGUGCAGACUGAGGCCGGACACAUGGCAGGCUGGGUGCUCUGUAUGGCUGUGCUUAUGGCAUGGGUGGCUGUGGCAGCAUCUAAAGGACAGCUGAGCUGUAAAGAGGUCCGGGCUAGUUUCCUUACUCUGCAGCCUGGAGUGAGAUGGGUCCCGGAAUCACCUGUGUCAGGGUCUGAUCUACAAGUCUGUGUCACAAAAACCCCAACCUGUUGCUCAAAGAAGAUGGAGGAGAGAUAUCAGAUGGCAUCUCGUGUAAACAUGGAGCAGCUCAUUCAGUCCGCCAGCGCUAAGAUAAAGUUCCUGAUUAUUCAGAAUGCUGCCAUAUUCCAAGAGGCUUUUGAAAUGGUGAUACGGCAUGCGAGAAAUUACACAAACGCAAUGUUUAAAACUCAUUACCAAAACAUCUCAUCGAAGACCUUUAAGCUUGUUGGUGAAUUAUUCACAGACAUUUCACUGUAUAUCUUAGGAUCAGACAUAAAUGUGAAUGAUAUGGUCAAUGAGUUUUUUGAUGGCUUGUUCCCGGUAGUGUAUGGAAAUUACUUAAACCCUGGAUUCAAGGAGUCAGUUGAAAAUGUGGAGUGUCUUCGACUAGCCAGACGGGACGUCGGUGCUUUUGGGCAGUAUCCCAAAACGAUCAUGACACAAGUAUCAAAAUCAUUACAAGCUUCCCGGGUUUUCCUGCAGGCUCUGAAUCUUGGAAUCGAAGUGAUUAAUACUACGGACUAUUUAAAGUUCAACAAAGACUGCGGUAGGGCACUUCUGAAAAUGUGGUACUGUUCCCACUGUCAAGGCCUUUUGUUGGCACGGCCUUGUGCUGGAUAUUGUGGAACUGUUAUGAGAGGUUGUCUAUCUAGUGUGGUGGAAAUUGACCCUUACUGGAAUGAGUACAUUGCAUCCAUUGAGAGACUUGCAAAAGAAAUGCAUGGUAUUUAUGACCUAGAACGUGUUCUUCUCAAUCUUUUCUCACUCAUUCAAGACGCUGUGAUACAUGCUGAAAAGAACGGAGGAAAGCUAUCCACAACGGUUAAUAAAUUGUGCGGUACUUCAAAGCAGAGAGUGUCACGGUCAGUACGCGCUGGAGCAGAUUUGUAUAUUAAUAAAAAAGUAUUCAAGGCCAACACAGAGAAUGAGGAGACUUUAACUGGAAAAAGGAGGGAGUUUGUAAUGAAGUUGAAAGCCUACAGUCACUUUUAUGGCAGCAUGCCUGCCCUCGUCUGCCGUCACAGCACUGUUGUAGAAAAUGACACAUCUUGCUGGAAUGGACAGGAAAUUGUUGAGAGGUUCAAUCCUCACACAAUGAAAAAUGGCCUAAAGGUUCAAACCAGCAACCAGGACGGAAAGACUAGGAGUACUGAGCCUGUAAUUAACCAGAUCAUUGAUAAAUUAAAUCACGUCAAUCAGCUGUUAAAAGGAAUGUCAACGCAAAGACGGAAAAACAUUGAUAAAAUUGCAGAAGAGGAGGAAUCACAAAGCGGUGAUUGUGAUGAUGAAGAUGAUUGUGAAGAUGGUUCAGGAAAGAGCGGUUUAAGAAUAAGGAAUCAGCUACGUUUUAUACCAGAAUCGGACUAUGAUUUGGAUAUCGACGAUGUUCCAUUUAAUAAGCAGAUGCGAAACCAGCAGGAUCAGAACGGCAGAGAGAUCACCCACCUCCAGUCUGGAAGUGACAGCAUAAAGACUAUGUCAGCCAAACUGCCGCUUGUCCGCCUCCUCACUAUCACCUUGUUAGGACUUGUCUCAGUGAUCUGAUUCUCCGCUCUUAACCCCUAACUGUUCCAGUAGCUGCAUAAGGUUCCUACCUGAAUUUUACAACUUGUAACAUUUCCCAGCCCAUUGUAAAGUCUUCUCAGAGAAAACAAAUUUUAUAUAGUAAAUAUUAAUGUAUUAAUAAAGAACAUUUCUUUAUUCACAUACUUUA